AUGUCUUCUUCUAAGAGUCUGUUGACUUUCAUGGAUGUGGCUAUAGAAUUCUCUAAGGAAGAAUGGGAAUGUCUGGAUUCAGCUCAGAGAGAUCUGUACAGAGAUGUCAUGUUGGAGAAUUACCAUAACCUGGUUUCUGUGGGUGUUGCUGUUUCAAAGUCAGAGGUAAUCUUCUGUCUUGAACAAAACAACGAAUCAUGGAUUGCUGGUAGAGAAGAUACAGAAGGAAAAAAACAGGUUUGUCAUGUGAUUAUAACAAGAAGAUACUCCCCAAAGGAUGUACACAUGAUUACUUCCAGAACAAAAUAUCACAAAGAUUGGGAUGCAAUAGCCUUUCAGAUCUAUAUCGAAACAAGUUCUCAGAAUAUAGAUUUGAUAGUGUAG